GAGAAACGGUUUCCUGAUCAUCUCCUCCGCAUGCCAUGAAGGGCUCACGCCAUGGUAUCAAGUCCCUAAUUGGUGGCAAUGGGAUACCACGCAACGGGCCAGUCUGCUCCUCGUGUCGCAACCAUGUUCUCCAGGCCAGACGUGCAUCGACAGCAGCUGCGGUAGCUCCGUCUGAGGAUGCUACCACCCCAAAGGCAGCGCCGCCCAGACAAUCGUACCAGAUCCGCGCCGGUGUGGUGCUGUCCCGGCCGCCGCAGAUCACGCGCGAUCUGACCCCCUUCGAGAAGGCCUUCUUCCUGUACCAGCGACGGCUCAAUGAGCGCCUCUCCCUGCCCGCAAUGCAAUACUUUUACUUCAGGCCCAACUCUCCCGCGAUGCUGGACUUCAAGCGCAAGCGACGAGCACGCGGCGGUGUCGCCGCCAGAGACAUUGGUGCGUACAAUCCGUACGACAAGACGGCCGGCUGGAACGACGAGCUGCUCAUGGGCGACCCAAUUUGCGAGCCAGAGCAUCAGGCCAAGGAGCUGAUCAAAGACUCGAUACCUCUGCCCAAGGACGACGAGACCGUCGAUGGGGAGGCCGGCGUGUCCCAGCAGCAGGACACGGUGCUGACUCUGAUGCCGCGGUGGACUGAGGCCGAUGAGAAGGGUGAUCAGCGAAGCCUGAACAGGCUUCUGCAGCGGACUUUGUAUCUGCUUGUGCGGAACAAGCAGGGUCAGUGGACAUUCCCUGAGGAUGUCCUAGUUGGCAGAGAGAGCCUUGCCAUGGCCGCGGAGCGAAUCCUCACGCAGUCCGGCGGAGUCAACAUGAACACCUUCAUCGUGGGCAACCACCCGGUCGGCCACCGAGUCGUCGAGUACCAGGCGCUUGCGGCUGAGCCAAAUCAGAAGAAGGGCGCCAAGGAAGCGCAGGAGGAGUCUGCCAAGCAGAAGAAGGAACUGCAAGAGCUUCGUGCAAAGUACAGCGCUCUUGUCGCCGCGGGAAACAUGGGCGAGAAGCUCUUCUUCAUGAAGGCGCGCAUCAUGGCCGGCCAGUUUGACCUGGCAGCAACCCAGAUGGGCAUCACAGACUUCAAAUGGCUGUCCAAAGAAGAGGUAGAGAAACAGGUCGACAGCUCAUAUUGGAGCAGCAUCAAGAACAUGCUGCCUACCAGGUAAAAGUGGAAGGUGAUUAUAAUGCUCCACUCAAAGCAUUUUGUUUUUAGCAUCGGGGUCGUGUACCAAUAUCGUGUGACUGUAUAGGAAGUGGAAAGUUUGUAUGAGGGGAAUCAAGAUAGAGGGAAAAAAAAUCAAACAGACGUUCAAGUGUACA